AUGUCACCUCGUACGAACUCACCACCACCGUCUUCUUAUGGGUACGACGAUAAUGAAUAUGAUUAUCAUCCUUCGGGACCUUCCACGACACCACCAGGAGGGCAUCAAACUCCUUAUAAUAAUAUCCAUCAAUCGAAUUUAUAUUCAUCACAAUAUCAUCAAAGUAAUAUAACGCCAAAUGGGACAAAUUUAUCUAGAAAUGAUGUUUCAGGAACACCUUCCACCCGUACUAUUUCCUCAAAGGAUAAUAAUGAUGAGGAAGGGUCGUUCACUGCAUUACUUCUUCAUCCAUUGAAUAUACCAAGAAGAGUUCUUUCAUCUUCAGCAGUAAAAUGCGUAUCCCUAAUGGUAUUAUAUUCUUUUUGUUUUACGACAGUAUGUUUUAUAUUCUUCGUUUCAUAUCUUUUAACAUUUUAUGAUGAUGCCUGGAGACUAUUUCAUACUUCCCGUGUUUGGGCACGGGUGAGAAAUGGAGUUCGAGAAAGAAUUUCAAUGAUGGGUGAUGAUUGGGAGGAUUUCCUUCAAAAGUAUUUUGAUCAACCGUGGAAUGGCGAUGCAAAUUUAAAUUGUGACGUUCACCUUGGUUCAAAUAAUGAUACAAGUUCAAAAAGAAAUUCAAACGGAAAUGGAACUUCAACUGGUGGUGGUAAUAUUCCAAAUCCUGAUAUUAAAGAUUUCAAGUGGCUAAAAGGAUUGAUGUUAAGUUUUAUGGCUGUUGUUGCAGGUCAAGAUGCUAAAGAUGCAACCAAUAAAUUCCAACAAACUGCAAAUUCCUUCCGUUCGCGACCACCUACCACGACGGUUGGAGGUGAUUCUGGAAGAAGAUAA